AUGUGCAUUCUUCCGCCAUUGCUCUACCGUGAUUCUCCGGCACGAUGACCGUGUUCGGUGACACGCUGGCCAUGGUCCUGGUCGUCAUCGGAGCAGCGCUGACGGGCCUGCUUAUCUGGCUGCUGAUACGCAAGUACGACCGCGAACACGGUAUCGACGGCGCCUCGCGUCGCAAAGCCGACGCAGGCAUGUCACCGCUUUCGGGCGAGACUGCGUCACCCGUGAGCCCCGUCUGUGGCCACGAGGUUGCCCCUGAAGGAGGGCCCCGUGAAACGGCGCAAUCCACGGACGCCCUCAGGAUGUGUCCCAUCACUGCGUUCUCGGGCAAAGAACCAACGCCGGACGACGCUACUGCCCAUGGCGGAGGACCCGUCGCCACGUCGUUGCCACCGAAGGAUCCCCCGGGGACGUCUCCCAUCACCUUGUCGUCCGGCGAAGAAGCACUAUUGGGGGCGAUGGCGAGUGGCUACGAGUAA